UUCUGGCACAAUUAAUUAUCCCGGCAAUUUGUGUCACCGAUAAAUGCAGCCGAAACGAAACCUAAGAUUAUUCUAGCUUCUCGCGUUAACGUGUCGAAUUAAACCAUUAAAAAAGACUUCCGCAAACAAGGCCACAAUUAUCCUUUAAACACCAAUUUGCGCCCAUUUAGGGCCAUUAAAGAUUAUAUUCGGAGCGACACGUCGCGAAAACGAAGAUUAGCCGCGACGUCAGACAAAGACGCGAGCCAACGAAAAAUGGACCACUACGGCAAAGUGACCCGCAAACAGAACCCACGGGAAAAGGCAAACUUUUUCUCGAUCUUGACAUUCGCAUACAACUGCGGCCUGUUCAAGAAAGCGAUCCAAAGGAACCUGCAAGAGAACGACAUCUACGAGGUGAUCAAACCGUGCAGCUCCAAAAAGAACGGGGACCGGUUCGAAAGAAAAUGGCGGGAAAAGUGGGAGAAAAAGAAUUACUCGCUCAUCCAGCUGCUCUGGGAAUGCUUCGGGCUCAGGUACAUCAUGUUCGGGGCGAUACAUUUGAGCGUCAAAUUGUUGUUGAGCAUUUUCGAGCCGCUAGCCAUCGGCAAGCUGGUGCUCUACUUCAAUCCAGGCCAGACGUCGCUGACGUUCCAAGACGCGGUGUACUACGCGGCUCUGAUGAUCGGCAUCAAGUUCUUUGCCGCGUUUUACUAUCAAAACUACCGCAUUUACGUCCAGCAGCUGACGAUACAGAUCAGGACCUCGUUCUGCUCGCUAAUCUACAGGAAAGCCCUGAGACUGACGCCCUCGGCCAUGAGCAAAAUCAGUCUGGGCAAUAUCAUCACGCUCAUCACCAAGGACGUCAUGGUGUUCGAGAACUCGAUCAUGAUGUUCAACGACAUGUGGAUAGAAAUCAUCCGGCUCAGCGUCGUCUGCUAUCUGAUUUACAACAAGAUGGAGACGUCAGGGCUGGUCGGAGUAGGGGUUAUGGUUAUCAUCGUACCGGCUCAGAUCUACGUUGGCAAGCUGAUCACCAACCUGAGGUUCGAUCUGAGCCGGAAAACCGACGAACGGUUGCAAACUACGCAGGAAACCCUAUCAGCCAUCAAAAUUAUUAAGAUGUAUACCUGGGAGCAAGUGUUCUCGAAGAAGGUCGAAGAAAAACGCAAAAAAGAGAUGAUCUACCUCUUAAAAUCCCUCUACUUAUGGACGAUCAACACGGUGAUAGCGGGGUUCAUGUCCAAGGUAGGCUUCUACGCGCUCAUCAUGACCUACAUCGGAGUGAACGAGACAGCCAACGCGGAGGUCAUCUUCUACGUGCUGAAAUGCUUCAGGGACGUCCGUACCUCCGUCGAAAUCCUCAUACCCGUUGGCCUCGGUCGGGGUGCGGAGCUAUUCGCAGCCGGGUCGCGAAUCAACAAAGUCCUCAACAGCGAAGAACUGGACGAUGAAACGGCCGAAGAGGUGGUCAGGGCGAAGUCGGAGUUUCUCCGCAAAGCGCCCACCCUCAGGUUGGAAGACGUAAGCGUUCAAGUGGGCGACAAGUACAUAUUACGCGAGAUCAACACUGAACUAAAGCCGGGACUCACGGUGAUCGCGGGUCACUUGGCUUCGGGCAAGAGCUCGCUGGUUAAACUAUUCCUGAAGGAUUACCCGAUCGCUGAGGGUAAGAUCGUAGCUGAGGGCAAUUUCUCGUACUGCUCCCAAGACCCCUGGCUGUUUCCCUCAUCUAUCAAGCAAAACAUCGUAUUUGGCGAACCGUUCGACGAAGACAGAUACAACGAGGUGGUGAGGGUUUGCGCCCUCCAAUACGAUUUGAAUCUGUUUGAGAAAGGCGACGAGACCAUCGUGUCCGACAGGGGGAUGAACCUGAGCGGGGGGCAGCAGGCGCGGAUCAACCUCGCCCGAGCCGUUUACAAGAAAAGCGACGUGUACCUACUAGACGAACCCCUGCACGCGCUGGACCCGAAGGUCCAGGACUACAUCUUCCAGAACUGCAUCCUAGACUUCCUCAGAGGCGAGAGUCGCGUGUUGGUCACCCACGACCUCAAACAUCGAAACAACGCCGAUAAUUUCAUCGUCAUGCAAAGCGGCAGGAUCGUCUUCGACGGGAAACCGCAGGAAGCUAACAGCGAGCUGCUGCAGGAGAUCGAGCGAGGCGAGGAAGCCGAUGCUGAUGACGACCAAAGCGGCGACGUCGCCGAACUCGAGACGUCGACGCUUACCAAGAGGAAAUUUAGCAAGAGGAAGAUCUACGCAGAGGCGAGCAAAGAAGGAAGCGUCGACUUCGGGGUGUACAGACGCUAUUUCGCUUUCGGAGGUGGUUUCGCGAUAUUCGCCGCAAUAGCUUUGCUUUUCGUCGGAGCCGAAGUUACCGAGAGCUACAGUCUCAGACUCUUGACGGAUUGGAUAAACCUGCAGGAGAACAUAACAGUACUACACGGCACCGCAGCCACCAACUCAACCGACGUGAUCGACACUCAAAGAGAGAAUUCCAAGUGGAUAUUGAAAGUGUACACGUCGAUGAUCGUCACUACCGUUCUCCUGGACCUGGCGAAACACUUUUCGUUCAUCAACUUCUGCAGGAUCGCGUCGGUCAACUUGCAUAACGCAAUGAUCGAAAAACUGACCACCGCCUCGAUGACGUUCUUCGACAACUACUUCAUCGGUAACAUCCUCAACCGGUUCUCGCAGGAUUUGAGCGUGUCGGACGAGCACCUGCCCCAUUCCAUCAACAUGCUGUUAACGGAACUCAUCGCGACGUGUGCUAUCGUUGUCCUCGUGGCUAGCGUCAACUGGCAAUUCAUCAUACCCGCGAUUCUACUGGGCAUGUCUCUGUUUGUACUGAGGCAGCUCUACAUGCCAACCGCGAGGAGUCUGAAGAGGCUCGAAGCAGCCACCAGAAGCCCCCUCAUCGGCCACCUGAACGCGUCGAUGGAGGGCGUCACCACCAUCAGGGCCAGCAAGGCGCAAAAAAUCCUCGAAGAGGAAUUCGACCGGCACCAAGACCUCUACACCUCGGCGCACUACAUGACCUUUUGCGUGCGCAGAGCGUUCGGGUUUUUCAUGGACUUCCUCUGCGUCGUCUUCCUCGUCGUAGUGAUCGGCAAAUUGUUGUUUUACGACUCUGGCGAAGCGUCCGGCGACGUAGGUCUGGCGGUCACGGAAGCAGCAUCGCUCGCUCACAUCAUUCAGAUAGCUUUGCUCCAAUGGUCGGACCUGGAAAACGACAUGACGGCGGUGGAGAGGGUGUUGGAGUACACCGAAGUUCCCCAGGAUAGUUACGAGGGUCAGAAGCUGACGAACUGGCCCAGCGAGGGCAGCAUCGUCUACGAUAACGUGUCGCUCGCGUACAAAGAGGACAAGGUGCUCAAAAACAUCAGCUUCUACGUCAAGUCGAAGGAUAAGCUAGGGAUAGUAGGACGUACCGGGGCAGGGAAAUCGUCAAUCAUUUCGACCUUGUUCCGCCUCUAUAAGUUCGACGGUACCGUCAUCGUCGACGGAGUAAACACGAAGACAUUAUCGUUACAGUACUUCCGGAGGAAUUUGUCGAUCAUUCCGCAGGAUCCGUUAUUAUUCCAAGGAACCAUCAGGCAAAAUAUCGACCCGCUAAACAUCUACACUGAUGAGGAAAUAUGGACGGCGUUGUCAAAAGUCUACCUUAAGGAUGUCGUGGACGAUCUCGACCUGGUGGUGAGCGAUCACGGUUCCAAUUUCUCCACCGGCCAGAGGCAGCUGGUAUGCCUGGCUCGCGCCAUCGUCAAAAGGAACAGAAUCGUAAUACUUGACGAAGCGACCUCCAACAUGGACCCGGAAACGGAAGUCUUGGUGCAGAAGGUGAUAGAGGAACAGUUUUCUAACUUCACCGUCAUCGUUAUAGCCCAUCGCCUGCAAUCCGUGUUAGACUGUCACAAAGUGAUGGUGAUGGAAAAGGGAGAGAUCGUGGAGUAUGACAAUCCGAAGAAGCUUUUGGAGAAUAAGAAUAGUUACUUCUCGCGGAUGUUGCUGGUGGACAGGCAACGGUUUAAAGUCGAAUAACUCAACCAAAUGGUAUUCUGUCUUAAUCGGUACUUUUUCAUUUCCUUGUUUUUUUUUUUGGAAAAUUAAAUUGCGUAUAAGAAAUAGAAAA